AUGGUCAAGCUGUUUUCGAGAAAGAUCGACCAACUGGCGGAGGGAGCAGGUGUGGGAGGGGGUGCCGACCACGAGGGAGGAGGCGAGAAGACGGGACGCGUCGUGAUUGAGUACAGCGUCGAGGAGGAGGAGGAGAUCGAGGAGGAUACAUCGAGGCAGGCUCAGCACGGGGCGAGCAGCCCGGGCAGCGAUGCGAACCAGGACGAGGACUUGAGCUCGGGAUCGAGCUCCGGCUCGAGCUCGAGCGAUGAGUCGGUCGAGGACGACGGCGAGGGCGCCGGACAUAGAACGGAGCGUACGGGGGAGCACGGAGUGGCGCUCGAGGAGCGGGUGGACGAGCGAGUAGAGCUUAUCGAGCAGCAGGCGACAGGGGAAACAAAGGCUGUCGAGGAGCAGGAGGGCGGAGCGGGUGCGCAGGAGGGUGGGGUCGGAGGGCAGCAGCAGGUGGUGGGCGAGGCGGCUGCGCAGGAGGGCGGGGCAGGAGGGCAGCAGCAGGAGGGCGUGGCGGCUGCGCAGGAGGGUGGGGCAGGAGUGCAGCAGCAGGAGUUUAGGGUUGCGGCUGCGCGGGUGGGUGGGUCGGGAGGGCAGGAGCAGGAGGACAGGGAGGCUGCUGAGGAGCUUGCUGCGGAUUUUCGGACGGCGUGGAAUACGAUUUCGGAGUCGUCGAAGAGCGCACUGUCGCAGUGCGCCGAGGCUGUGAAGGGUGUCACGGCGGAGAGGAACCUGUUGGAAGGGGCGCGGGCGAAGAUCGACGAGAUGAGCGGGAAGAUCAUCGAGGGGGUGGCAGCCGCCAUCACAAAAGCGAGCGAGGAUGCCGUCGAGAAGCAGCUCAAGCAGGUCGAGGAGCGGCUGGUUGCUGCUGUGCUGAAGGGUUUCGAGAAAGCCAUCAUGGAGGACAUGUUUUGCUCCACCCUCCCACCCGAGACCAUGAAGGAGCUGAAGGACAUUGUGAGGGAAGGCUACCAUGAAGCCGAAGCAAGGAGGUUGGAAGUCCUCACCAAAGCGAUGGCGAGAGGUUUUCAGUGCUCGGCGGGCCCGUCGACGAGGUCGCGUCAGGAGGGUGUGGGAGGGGUUCGCAGCGGGGCUGAGCCUCGAGGUCACGAGCGGUCGGUUCCUCCGUCUUCUUCGGUGGGAGGACAUGUCGGCAGCCCGGUUGGAUCCCCACCGGCGUGUGGCCGUCAUCCCGUCGCCAAGCCCGUCCCCGAAGUCAUCGUACUCGACCAGUCAGCCCUCCCGAAGACCUCCGUAGCGGCUCCGAUCGAUCCACCUGAUGCGUUUGCUUCGAUGCGGGACAUGCUGCAAGGCCUGGGGAAAACGGGUGGGAAAGGAGUGGUCGCGGGGGAGAAAAUUGGUGCCCCGAACGAGCACGUCGCCUCGACCGGGAACAGAGCCCUAGGAAUGCGAGGUGCCUCUACCCCGUCAGGCGGCGGUGCGGGGAAAGGAGCGGGAGAAGCAAGCGCUGGGUUGCUGUCGAAGACUAAAGCGGCAUCAGCUGCGCACGGCGGUGGUGCUGGCCUUGCUGUCGGGCUUGUGGGAAAUUGGGCGUCUUCCUCAACCCCUCCAGUUGCUCCUGUCGCCGCUGCUCCGUCCCUAGGCAACGUUUGCCUUAGCGAUCCGGGCUCCCCUUCAACGUCGAAGAAGAGGCCGGCUGCGACGAAGUCGUCGAAGCGCGCUGCACACGCGUCAGAGAGCCUUGACGUGGUGGAGCUGGCCAGCGUCCCUGGUCAGGCGCCUGUCGAGAAGACCUCUAUUGUCGUUGCUGCUCGACAGGAAAAGGCGAAGAAGGCCAGGGUCACGGGUCACCCCCCACCUCCUCGACCGGACGACCAAGGCAAGACGAGAGGCUGCAAACGUCCCUUCAAAGGACCGGGUUUCGGGUUGUGGAAGGGGAAGCUGGUUUCCGAGCAGACCGUCGGCGGGAGGAAGCGGUUCCUUGGCACUUUUGAAACAGAGAAGGACAAGAAGUUCUGUACGGCCGUCUGCUGGCGCGUGUACUUCCCCGACGUUGUCCUUACGGAGUACGAAGGGUACACGGCGCAGGAUGAGGAGGACUGGAAGGUCUACCUCGAUGUGGCCGCAAAAAUGCCAACCGGCGUUUGGAGCGUGGCGCAAGAACAAGGGGAAUGUCGUUUCGACAAUUACCUGUCGCUAUUGGCGACGGCAAAAAAGGAAGUGAAAGCUGGAACCGAGAGGGGAAUCGCGCUGUGCGUGGCAAUUGGUAAGGUCGCGACGCUUGGCCUGAAGCACGGGAAUCUGAUUUACCCGGUCCUGAAGGGCAUGGCGGCGACACCGCACAUGAUGGCCAUCGCAGCAACUGUGGCGAGCUUGUGGGCGGCCUGCAGGAAGUUGUCGAGGGAGGAUAUUAAGAAGGAUGCCCUAGCUGCCGCGAACGCGGCGAUCUACGCCCCGAAGACUGCAAAGAAGGCUUGUGUGGCUGCCAUGUCCGCACUCGUGUCCAUGCUUUUGCACGUCGGCAAGACGUUCCCGGCGAAGCAGUGGCCCGAUCACCUGUAUUCGUCGGCUGUCGAAGGUCUCGGAUCAACGGACGCCAUAUUGCUGCAGAUGCUGCGCGUGGCAGCACAGGUCUGUACGCAAUGGUGCUGCUGUCGAGCUGCUGCCCGCUUGCUGGAGGACGCGGGCUAUGGCAGCCUGGCUAUGCCAGAAGAAAAGAGCAAGGCAAAGCAGGGCGUCGAGGAUGCAGCUGAGACGGAAACGAGCGGGCAAGGGGAGUAG